UAGAGGUACAGUCGGCGAUCUGUCAGGAAAUAAUGAAGACAGUCGUGUUUCUCGCUGGCCUUGUGGCCUUGGCUAUUGCAGGGACCGUCCCUUCGCACCAUCAAGUGGCAACCAAACCUGUUGAUGCGGAAUUUGUUGCAAAACAAAAGAAGGUUUUGUCCCUCUUUGCCUCUAUCGGUCAGGUUUACCCUGAAGCCGAAUGGUACAAAAUCGGCAAGGAAUACGACGUCCAUGCUAACAUUGACAACUAUACGAACAAGAAAGCCGUUGAAGAGUUCCUGACUUUGUACAAAUUCGGUUUUAUGCCGAAAUAUGAGGUCUUCUCGAUCUUCUACGAAAAUAUGAGGGAGGAGGCCGUUGCCCUCUACCACUUAUUCCACUACGCCAAGGACUUUGAUACCUUCUACAAAACCGCUGCUUGGGCUCGCGUGUACCUUAACGAAUAUCAAUUUGUCUACGCUUUCUACAUUGCUGUGCUCGUACGUCCAGAUACCAAAGGCUUGCUUGUACCGGCUCCUUAUGAAGUCUACCCUGAGUUCUUCACGAACACCGAAACCAUGACCAAGGCUUACCGCAUGAAGAUGCAGGAUGGUACCAACCAGCCUGACAUCGCUCGCAACUACGGUGUUGUCAAGGAAAAUGAUUACUACGUCUACUAUGCUAACUAUUCCAACUAUUGGAACUACGAUAAUGAAGAACAAAGACUGUCUUACUUCACUGAAGACAUUGGCCUUAACUCUUACUACUUUUACUUCCACAUAUACCUCCCCUUCUGGAUGAAGGGCGAUGACUAUGGUAUUCUGAAAGAGCGUCGUGGUGAAUUCUACUACUAUUUCUACCAACAAUUAAUGGCUCGUUACUACUCCGAACGUCUUACAAACGGCUUGGCUGAAAUUCCUGAAUUCACUUGGUGGAAGCCAAUCAAGCAUGGAUAUAAACCUUUCUUGUCUACUCUGUACUAUCCCUUCAUCCAGAGGAAUGACUACUACACAAUUCCUGCUGAUAAAUACUACGAAGAACUUCAAUUCUUGGACACUUACGAGAAGACCUUUAUGCAAUACCUGCAGCGAGGACACUUCCAGGCCUAUAAACAAGAAGUCGAUUUCCAUAACUCCAAGUCCAUCAACUUCGUUGGUAACUUCUGGCAAACUAACCCCGACCUGUACGACCACUCCUCGCCUAGAAACUACUUCCGGUCUUACGAAAUGACCGCCCGCCAGCUCCUUGGUGCUGCCCCUGAGCCUCUUGAUAAAUACACGGUUCCGCCUUACGCCCUGAACUUCUACCAGACCUCUCUGCGCGAUCCCGUGUUCUACCAGCUCUACAGCAAGAUUCUCAAAUACAUCCUAGAGUACAAAGAACACCUAGAGCCCUAUACUCAGGACAACCUCCAUUACGUUGGUGUAAAGAUCAAUGACGUGCACGUUGACAAACUGGUUACAUACUUCGACUUCUAUGACUAUGAUAUCACCAAUGGAGUGUACAAGAAUAUGGAGGAACUCAAGACCAUGACUCCCAGGUACAAGGUUCGUCAGCCGCGUUUGAGUCAUAAGCCUUUCACCAUUACCAUCGAUGUCAAGUCUGAUAUUGAAGGCGAGGCCGUAUUCAAAGUUUUCUUGGGUCCCAAGUACGACAGCAAGGGUUACCCCAUCAAUAUUGAGGACAACUAUAUGAACUUCUAUGAACUAGAUUGGUUCACAUACAAACUCAAAUCCGGUCAAAAUAAGAUUGAGCGUGAUUGCAAUGAGUUCUUCGUCUUCAAAGAUGACUCUCUGCCCGUCACUGAAAUCUAUAAGUACUUAGAACAAGGCAAGGUGCCUCUUGAAAUGUCUGAGAAACCCGAGUACUUCCCUAAGAGAUUAAUGCUGCCUAAGGGUACCGAUGGUGGUUUCCCAUUCCAGUUGUUCGUUUAUGUCUAUCCUUACCAACAACCUCCUAAGGAGUAUGAGAACUUCAACUUCUUAGUUGAUAGCAAACCUCUUGGCUAUCCGUUGGAUCGCCCGCCAUACGAGCCUUACUUCUACCAACCCAACAUGUUCUUCGAGGAUGUGUACAUUUAUUUUGAGGGUGAGCACUUCCCUUACUCUCUGAACAACCCCUUCUACGUUCCCCACCGAAACGACAUGCAUCACAAAUGAAUAAAUAGUCUACAAUAUUUUAGCAUAAAUUAGCUUCACAAUAGAAUCUCAGUUAAAAUGUGAGCGCCGAACAUAUUUAUUUGUAUGUAUGAAAAUAUUAAUGUACCUUGU